AUGAAGGUUCGAAAACUGUUUUGGUCUUCAGUAACAGUUAUUUUAUUAACUUCGAUUUAUGUAAAAGCUUGCAGUGAUAAAGGAAUAUGUUUGUUAGAGGCGCUGAAAGAAAUGAAGGAAUGCAAAAAGGGGGUUCUCGCUUCAUUACUAAAACCACUUCUUGCUGCUAAAUUAGAAAAGAAAGAAGGACACUGUAGUAAAUGUGGUGCAGGCCCGCCACCGCCUCCGCCCCCGACUCUAGUCCUCAUGCCUGCGGGCCCACCACCAGGAUGCCUGCCACCACCACCACCACCCCCCAUGGUCCUGCCACUGCCACCACCCGCUCUGCCAUCGCUACCACCCAUCGUACUAUCAGCUCCCCCGCCGUUGCCUCAGCAGCUGUGUCUUCCACAACCACCAAUGAUACUCCCCGCACCUCCUUCACCAUUCAUAUUCUCAGCACCUCCACCUCCGAUAAUGCUCCCACCUCCACCUCCCGCGCCUAUGUUCCUACCUCCUCCACCCGCACCAUUGUGCCUGCCACCACCUGCGCCGGCGCCUCUAGUGAUAUCCCUAGUACCUCCCGCACCUCCACCAUGCUCAUGCUGCCCGCCUCCACCUCCGGGGUUGCCCAUGACAGCGUUCAUGGUACCACCUCCCGUGCCUGUGACUUUGGAACCAAAACCUAUUGAAUUACCUAAAUGCAGUUGUCAUUAUUUAUGA